AUGAAAUCGGUAUCUUUCUUGGCGAUUCUUCUUCUCCAUCUCUUUGUUACUAGUAAUAGCUUCCGAUUGGAUCUCUUAAACUAUGUGGCAAGCGGGUCAAGCAUACCGGACUGCUCGCACGCGUGUGGACCAUGUCGACCAUGCAAGCUCGUCGUGGUCAGUUCCAAAUGCUCCGCCUCCGAGUCCGAGGCUUGUCCUGUCGUCUACAAGUGCUUGUGCAAAGGCAAAUACUAUCACGUGCCUUCCAUCGCCUAA